GGGAUAUUUGUGAUUGGUUCAUCCCCUCCCUCUGCCUCUCUCCCUUCCUCCCGCGUGAUUGUAUGUAAAUCCGGUCGGGACUGAGCCAGUAGGUGAGGUUGGGGCUGGUGGCUCCUGCCUCGGUGGCGCACACGAGACCCGAGAGCGGCCGAGGUGAGAUCGCUGCGCCGUCAGGAGCUGUCCACUGCGCCGUGGUGCUGAACUCCACAUCCCUCUCCUGCUUUGCGUCCUCUUCCAUCGGCUCUACUCUACACUGGUGAUAUUUUGGGAAAGGAUUAACAACCUCCCCUUUGGCUGAUUUUAGGUGCAAACUUCUCCCGAGGACAUCUUUCUCUUUACACAUCGGAAAUUACACGCGCCGUGGAUUUGACCGAUCAUUAAUAAUAGUUUGUUUAGAAGUGUUGCUUCCUUGCUUUUUCCACUAAUAUCGUUUGGAUUAUCCUCCUGGAUGGUUUACGUCUGGACACACAGGAAAAGACCAAUGAAGACAGCCAGAUGGUGGUCGACGGCAAUUUUACUGUUGGGGCUCGCUGUGCUUGGCGCCGACGGGAGACCCAACAACGAGGGAUUCAGGUCGACGCUCUAUCGACCAGUCGUGAGAUUCCGACACAAGGAUGGGAUCCCUGAAAGCUUGAGGAUAAAGGGGUUUAUGGGACACAAUGGCUAUCCAAGUCCAUGUGAACACAAGUACUGUGGCUUGGGGCGUCAUUGUGUGGCCAACCAUGAGACGGGCCAAGGGGAGUGUAAGUGCUUGGAUCACUGUAAACCACACUAUAAACCUGUGUGUGGUUCAGAUGGGAAGCUCUACCAGAACCAUUGUGAGCUCCACCGGGCCUCCUGUCUCAGAGGACACAGGAUUACCAUCAUGCACAGCGAGGAGUGCUUCUACAAAGAUGAUACCUGCAGACUGAGUGACUACCGUCGGCUGAAAACCAAGAUUCUGGAUUUGCAUGACAAACGGUACAUGGGGUCUAGCAUCCAUGGAGCCCACAAGGACAACAUGGCUGCCAAGAAGCAACUGGUUGAUAUGAUGUUCAAACGCUUUGACGCAGACACCAACGGUCAAAUAGAUGCCAGCGAGCUCUCACAGGUCAUCAAGCAAGAAGGUCUGUCCAAGGAUGUCUCUGAGUGCACAUUGUUCGACCUUCUAAAGUACAACGAUGUCAACGACGAUGAGCACCUGACAAAAGAGGAGUUUUACACAGCUUUUGACGUGUACCUGCUCACACUUCCAGAUGACCAGAAAGUGAGCGUCACCACAGUAACAGUCGGCCAGAGCGCUGUGUUGACAUGUGCCAUCACAGGAGAGCGGAGGCCUCCGAUACUGUGGAAGAGAAACCAUCAGUAUCUAAACUCCCUGAACCUGGAAGACAUCAACGACUUUGGGGAUGAUGGCUCACUGUACAUCACCAAGGUGACCACAACCCACAUGGGCAACUACACCUGUCAUGCUGAUGGCUACGAGAAACUCUUUCAGAUCCACAGUCUUCAAGUGAACGUUCCCCCCGUCAUCCGAGUGUACCCAGAGAGCCAAGCCAGAGAGCCGGGCGUCACUGCCAGCCUGCGGUGCCACGCUGAGGGCAUCCCCAGCCCCCAGCUGGCCUGGCUGAAGAAUGGCAUGGACAUCACAACCAAGCUGUCCAAACAACUCACCCUGCAAGCUAAUGGAAGCGAGGUGCACAUCAGCAACGUGCACUUUGAGGACACUGGCGCCUAUACCUGCAUCGCUAAAAAUGAAGCUGGCGUCGAUGAGGACAUCUCUUCGCUAUUUGUGGAGGACUCUGCACGCAAAACCUUGGCAAACAUUUUGUGGCGAGAAGAAGGUCUCGGCAUCGGCAACAUGUUCUAUGUGUUCUAUGAAGACGGCAUUAAAGUCAUUCAGCCUGUGGCAUGCGAGAUACAGCGACACAUUAAGCCCAGCGAGAAGCUGCUUGCUCUGCAGGAGGAGGUGUGCCCCACCUCACCAGGAGAGGAGGUUCAGAGGUGCGUGUGGUCAUCAGCAGUCAACAUCAAGGACAAGUUUAUUUAUGUGACACAGCCAACCUUGGACCGAGUGCUCAUAGUUGACAUCCAGUCUCAGAAGGCUGUCCAGACGGUCAGCACCGACCCCUUUCCUGUGAAGCUUCACUAUGACAAAUCUCACGACCAGGUGUGGCUGCUCAGCUGGGGGGACAUGGAGAAGAACUUUCCUACUCUACAGGUGAUCAAUCAGGCCAGUGGAAGAGUCUCCCAUCACACCGUUCACACGCAGCCCAUCGGCAGACGCUUCGACAGGGUGGACGACUUCUUCAUUCCCGCCUCCAGCCUCAUCAUUAACCACAUCAGAUUUGGCCUCAUCCUUCACCGAAAUGAGCCUGUCCUGCACAAGAUCGACCUGGAGACAACGUCGUAUGUGAAAAACAUCAGCUUACGGGAGUAUAACUGCAUCCCCAAGUCUGUAGCGUACACCCAUCUCGGCGGCUACUACUUUGUCAACUGCAAGCCCGACUCGACCGGCGCCACGCAGCCGCAGCUCAUCUUGGACAGUGUAACAGAUAGUGUGAUCGGCCAGAACCGUGAUGUCACUGGCGCUCCGUACGUGUCUCCAGACGGACACUACCUGGUCACUGUCGAUGAUGGCGACGGCCUGAUUAGGGUUCAGGUGAUCUUAGAGCGGGGAGAGAUCCAGGAGCCCUUUGACAUCCACACCAACCUCCACCUGUCAGACCUGGCCUUCCAGCGCUCCUUCACAGAGGUCCACCAGUACAACGUGUUCGGCAGCUCCGGCCGUCAAACUGAUGCUCUGUUUGUGGAGCUGAGCACCGGCAAAGUGAAGAUGAUCAAGAGCUUGAAAGAGGCCACCAAGUCAUUCGAGUGGCCGUGGAGCAGUAGGAACAGGGUAAUGGCGGGCAGCGGACUGUUCGGACAGUACCUCAUGACUCCGUCCAGAGAGUCCCUCUUCAUCCUGGACGGACGGCUCAACAAGCUCAACUGUGAGAUCACUGAUGUCCUCAAAGGCAACGUGGUGGUGUGGGUUGGGGAGUCUUAGGUCCUAAACAUCCAGACCCAAUGAGCUUUCUUUUCCUCAAAGGUACUGUUGCACUGAAUUCUGUUGCAUAUUUUUUAAUUUUGUGGGAACGCGAUAGUGAAUACCACAGAUUCAGAAACCAAAUUGACCAUUUGUAAAUCCACUGGAUGAUGGACUGUCAUCCAAAAAAAAGAAAGAAAAAAAAAUACACAAGUGAGGGAUUAACUGAUUGAUAUUCUCUUAAAGCCAAGUUUAAAUCUUUUUUUCCACUGGGUGGUUCACAUUUAAGUCAACAUAAAGUUGCUUGCUGGUAAUCUUUUUCAGGAAAAAUUGGUAUGAAUCCGUAAAUAUGUGCAACUUUGCAUUAUUAUUCACAAUUGGUUGUAUUCAGUGUGUGGGAAUGCUGUAGAUAAUCUCUGAACAAAACUAAUAUUUAAGUGAAUUGGCAGAAAUUAAUAUACAUAUAUAUACUGUAUAUGUCCGGAUUAACUCUUGUACGUAAGUUUACCCAUCCCAAACUUUUUUCCUGUGCCUUCAAGGAAAAUUCCCCUCCAUCAGAGGAAUUAGCGUAAUUAUUCCCAGUGUGACUGCAGAGUACACCUCCUUCUUUGACCCCUCCAUUCGUGGUGAGCGUGGUUCCUCACAAAUCCACCACUCUUGUCUAUCCGUCCGUCCAACGCUGCCGAUUCAGUCUAAUUAAAACGAGCCCUCGCUGUGAUCCCAUCCUGUUUGAAGUGGAGACCGAGAGACUGAGUGGUUCAUUACGGCUGUGCGCUAUGUAACCUUUGAUCCGAAAUUAUAACCAGCGUUGGAAGGUUUUUAAUGAUAUCUAUAUAGGUCUCCUUUUUAGUCCAAAGCAUAAAAAUGAAAGUCAGUGGCAAAUGUUAGUGAAAUUGUACCAGCUUUAUACACUGCACAUUAUAUUUAAAAUAUUUCAAAAUGUUCCUUAGCAAUGAGUCAAUAGAGCACUCGUGUGUGAAGAGAAUUGUAAUAUCCCUGGACCAAAAAAAAAAAAAAAAAACAGAAAAAGAUGAGAACAGCAUCUUAGAGUGUAAUAGAGUGAGCUGUUGAAAAACAUGCAUUGUCUUUGGCAGUGUGCUUCAAGUGGAUGUUUUAAUGUGGAGUAAUGAUGAGCUAGCACACUGGGGAGAGGGGUAGUAGUGUUGUGUAGAGGGUCUGUGAGGCUUUGAAUCUGACAAACAACUCUUUCUGAAUGCUCCUGCAGUAGACACGUAGCCGGAGAGUCAAUGAAACGGUUUCCUAGCUGGACACAUUUCUAUGCAUUUUCACCCUAGCACUCUAUGACUCUGUGAACCACAAUGGGCAACUCAAAUUUAGUGAGGACUUUUGAUGUGUACAGAUUAUAUAAAGUCAUUCUGUCUUUCCUGUUAAAUCUUCCUCCGAUAUGUUUUUUGAUUUUACUUUAUUUCCUCAGUCACAUGUUUUCAAACCUUUAAACCCUGUACUGCUGAUGAUGACCUUUUCUCUCUAUUUAUGUUCUGUACAUAGUGGCUGACUGUGACUCCAUUAGUUUCUCAUUCAAUGUACAGUUUCACGAAAGGUUCUGUUCAUAAUCAACCUUUUUAAGAAAUAAAAACACACAGCUGUCAUGAUCCACAUCUUGUACCCCCGAGCACAUUGUGACCAAACACAAACGCUUUCACCUCCACAUAGCCAUGUCUUGUAUGUUUCUUCAUGUGAUUGUUAUUUAUAUAGAGAAAACACGCUUGUCAUUUUACCCAACAAUAAAAACUAGACCAUGAAAA